UGGGGCUCAUAUGUGGCACACGCUCUGGCUGCCCCGGUGCCACCAGAGCUGCUGCUGCAACAAAUGUUCGUUAAGCCCUUCAGAAUCAAGUCACAAACACAGUUAAAGGGUUCAGAUAGGAAAAAACUGCGAGCUGAAUUAUCACAGGCAUACCCAUCUCUUACAUCGGAAGAUUUGUCCAAGCUCAUUCCCGGCAAAGAGGAUGUUACUCUUGUGCGCAUGUAUUGCUACAAAGGAGAAUCUGUCAAUGUUUAUCAGGUGCUGUAUACCACUUUAACUGUUGGCAAGCUUUACUGUUAAACUUUACUAAUCUACUUCAGAUAGUGUGUAACUUGAAAUCCUUAGGAUAUAUUUUUUAUCAUUGAAGUAAAUAUUUUGGUCAAUGAUUGUAGGAGGAAGUUGUUUACAAAUAAAAGUAGAUUUUUAAUUUUGGUGUGGCAGGAGAAAAUUUUGGUGUGACGGAAAAUUUUGUUUUGAAAAGGUAAUAUGUUUAGUGUGACGGGUGAAAGAUUUUGGUGUUCCGGGGGAAUUUGGGUUGGCCUUUUCUUUUGUGGUACAGUACAACCUUGAUUCACUGAACUGUAUGGGACCAAACCCAAUUUCUUGCAGCUAGAAAUUCCUCCAUGAUGCAUUUCCCCAUGCCCUAUGGGCUAAUUUCAGUUAGCAAUAUUUUAAUUUUAACCUAUAAUUUAAUAGACAAUUACCAGCAGAAGACUUCUGCAAAAAAAAUUCAACAAAUUCGAACUCAUUUUUCAUGUCCCCAGCCUCUAAACUCCUUUUCAAAAGGUAGCAGGUAG